CAUUGACGUAAUUACAUAUAAUUUCAACCUGUCCGACCCGAAACCAUGAGCCCGGAGAGGUGGUCUCAGCCUAACCUUGAAUACCUGGCUCAGAGACACGUCCUGACUUACCUAGAGGAUGCUGUUACUCAGCUUCUGGAAAACAAAGAAGAGGUGGAACAGGGCAGCGUCGCCAGGUUUUUCUCCGAGUAUUUUACGAGUGUUUGCCGGGGGACUCACGUCCUGUUCAGAGAGUUCGACUUUGUGCGGGUGACUCCACACAACAGGGCUUCUUUCCUGAGGAUCUUCUGGAAGAGCUUCAGAACCAUUGCUAAGAAUGGAGAUCUCCUGACGGCUAAGGAGUACCAGGCUCUGCUUCAGAUGCUGUGCCCCGAUUUUCCCAUGGACCUGACGCAGAGAGCAGCAAGGAUUGUCCUGAUGGAUGAUGCAAUGGACUGUCUGAUGUCAUUUUCCGAUUUUAUCUACGCAUUCCAGAUUCAGUUCUUUUUCUCUGAGUUCCUGGACAGCGCCUUUUCUGUCUACCAGGACCUACUCACCGGCAAGAACUCAAACACAGUCAUAGUCCCGACAUCGCGAUCGGCCACAUCCCGCCAGCGUCAGCCAUCCAGUGAUAGCAGCUGCCCCGAAGGAGUCGAGGCUCCCCAGUUGUUCCAGUGCCUGGAAACCAUGUGUGACAAAUAUAAGCACAGCUUUCCAUCACUUGCAUUAAUCGGAGAGAUUCUGAGCAGUGCUCCGAGGGUCACCUUCUACGGCUUCCUGAUGGCCCUGGCAAAGCACCCGGGGAUCAGCAGACAAAUUGGUGCUCUACCCGAUAAAGCUGACCUACUGGUGGACGAGGUCCUGGAUAAGGAGCUUGACAAGAUACUUAAUCAGCUUUCGGCCAGCUCCAUCAACCCUCCAACAACUUCUUGCAUCAUCCCCUCCCGAGAUAUAACUCGUGUGGCUUCUCCACUGAAGACCCUCGCCACCCGCAGACGUCCAGACCUGGAAAGCGAUGGCUCUACAGAGGAGACCGACUCAUCUGAAAACUAGGGGGACAUGGACUGACCUGUUAGAUGAUGAGCUUCUGGGAGGACAUAAUGCAUUCGUCAUCGAGAACACAUAUAUAAGGAGUGCUAAGUCUGCCUCCACGUUGAGCAUAUCUUUUACAGUUAUUUAAAGGCACGCAGUUGACUUGAUGUUAAAUUUGACUUAUUUAUUCACAGUCCAUAAUGUAUGUUUGUUUUUAUAAUGAAAGACUUGUAACAAUGUGUGUUCCAAUGUCAUUUUCAGACCGUCUAUAAUUUAUUCUUUAUUGUUUAUAAACUUUUUUUUACUGUUCCCAAAAUAAACCUCU